GAGUUGGCAUGGCUGAUCCUCCUGAAGUUACAAUCUUACUCUUAGGAGAUACAGAGGUUGGAAAGACGACAUUUUUAUCGAGAAUAAGCAAAGGCUCAAGUUCCCACUUAUCCAAAGAGCCCAUAGCAAUCCUCCGAGACAACGACCAACCCUUCAUCUUCGACAUCUCAUUCUUCAAUCGUCCCUACCGCUUCCAGUUCUACGAUACUGCUAGUCCAGAAAACUGGACUUUACUACAGCCCGAUGUAAUAGUGCUCUGUUAUGACCUCUCCUCUCGUCUUUCUUUAAUUAACAUUCAGCGUGUGUGGCGAAAAGAGACGACCCGCUUGUUCACCUCCGUCAAAGAACUCCCCGUGCUUCUACUGGGGCUCAAGAGAGACUUGAGAAGUGAAGAAGACCCAAAUGGGAUUAUCUAUCCUCAGGAGGGCUACAGGAUCGCUCAGGAGAUGCGCUGCGAUAGGUAUAUGGAAUGUUCUGCUGUUUCGGGUGAGUUAGUACAUGAAGCUUUUGAGGAUAUUUGUAGGACAGCAGCGUUAGGGACGAAGAAGGAAGGUGGAGGGUUAAGUGAGGGAGGUUGUGGGGUUAUGUGAUUGGAUGGUCUAUGGGUGAGCUGUGUGGCUUGGGCAUUGAUCGCUUCGAUAUUUUGGGACAUUAAACCGUUGAUGAUGAAUGGAAGUCCUUUAACUCCAUUCGUUACACAAUGCUCUCCACCUGUUAUCAUACAAUUAUCCCUACCCCUUUCUAGUUAUGCAAUGAACCUCGUCUGCUUUCAUACUCCCCUGCUAUGCUAGUGCUCCCAACUUGUACUCAUACACUCUCUUUGUCCUCCAUUCGAUAUGUAAUACUCCUCACCUCUCAUCACCCACGCCUCUUUCCAUCAGCCAUCGUUCAAUUGUACUGAUAAGAAGAGGUGCCGGAGUACUUUGCAGAUGC